AAGGAAGUCAGAUUCAAGACUCUAUACUCUGUCUGUGGAUCCAUCAUAAACAUCAGCUCUGACCACUGUUGUUUUCUAUAAAACAGAGCAAUGGCUUCAGAGGUUAAGCUGUGGGACAGUCUGAAGGCUGAAAUAGAGAAAGAAACUUUCGAACUGGACUCGACACUGGGCUCUGAGAUUGAUGAACUAUAUGAAAAUGUAAGAACAAAUUCAGUAUCACCAACUAUGCACGAUGUUCAAGACUUUAAGGUGAAUUCAAAAUCACCCUCCUUAAAUGCUGAGACUGAGGCAGAGGAACUGCGCAUUAUGUUACUGGGUGCUAGAGGGUCUGGAAAAAGCUCAUCUGGAAAUACCAUCCUCAGAUGCAAUGUCUUCACCACGGACAUGCAGCUGAGCAGAGUCACACAGAUUUGUGAAAAAGCGUCUGGAAACAUCAACGGGCGUCCCGUAGCCAUAAUCGACACGCCGGGACUGAAUAAGAUCAAUCGAAUGGAGAAGGAAGUCAUCAGGGAGAUCAUGAAAUCCGUCUCGCUCUAUAAACCGGGACCACACGUGUUUCUGCUGGUUCAGCCGGUGGGAAACUUAACCAAUGAGGACAAGAACAUGCAGAAAUUAAUCCAGAACAUGUUUGGAAAGAACGUUUGGAAUUACACGAUUGUUCUGUUCACACACGGAGACCGACUAGAGGGGAAAACGCCAAAUGAUGUGAUUGCCAGCUCUGAUAAAGAUCUUAGAGACUUUAUCCGCACAUGCAGUGGUGGAUAUGUGUUCUUCAAUAACAAGAACAUGGGAAACUUUGAGCAAGUGACCAAACUUCUGGAGAAGAUCGAUACCUUGGUGGCCAUCAAUGGCAGAAGCUGCUACACGACUUCGUUUUACCCGAACUCAGAGAGAAAGAUACGUGAAAAACAAGAGAAGAUUCUGGAAGAGAGACAAGAAGAGAUAGCACGAAAGGAGAGAGAGCUGGAGGAGAAUUAUGAAGAUAAAGACGAGUUAGAGAGGAAAAAGCGUGAGCUCUGGAGAGAAGAAGAGGAAGAUGCACGGAGACUAGCUGAGAAUCCACCAAGACGCAAAACUCUGACAAAUCUCGCCAGAGCCCCCUCACAUGUAACAAGAUCACAGAACCUUUUUUAAUCAUUUUAUGAGCUGUUUGGGUACUUUCUAAUGAAUAAUGGAGAUGUAAUAUUUCCUGUAUGUGAUGCUCUGUAUAUACACAUUUUGUAUUGUUCAGGUUUUACUUUGUGGCUGUUUAUUGUUGUUGUGCUGUUUUACUUGAAUACCUCAUUAGCUAUUAUUUCUUGUCACUAAAUAACCUGCUGUGUAUAAAAUGUGAACAUUUAACUUACCACAGAAGUAUACUUAAACUGAAAAUCCCACAUUGUUCCCAUGAUACACUUAUGGAAAUUUCUUAAUUAUAAACAGUUAAACUGUCAUUCAUCUUUGAUGCCAUAAAAACAGAAAUAUUGCUGUAAUCUCUGUGCUGCAAUUCUUACUGAUUUUCUUUACUCUUACUGAUUUAUGAUUUACUGCUGUCCUCUACUGGUAAUGACUGGUUAUGACAGUGAUCUUUAGACUAUAACGGACCAUUUCUUUGCUUUGUAAUGGACAAAAAGUAAGAAAAAAAUUAUUCAACAAGAUGAUGUACAGUUAGCCAGUUAUUUAUACAAAAACAAUUUGUAAGAUAAACCUUCAUACCUUCAAAUUGUUUUUGUCCUGUAAAUAAUUUACUCUACA